AUGUCGGGACUCGAAGGUCUCGGCAUUGUAGCCAACGUGAUCGCCGUUGCCGAGCUUUCCCUCAAAGUUAUCGCAUGGUGUUCCAAGUAUGCUCAAGACGUCAAAAACUCCCAUGAUGGCCGCGCCCGACUCUUACAGGCUGCUAUAACGCUGCACUAUGAGUCCGAAGCAGUCAGUGACUUACUACUUUCUCGAAAAGGCUCCAAGCUACAGGCCUCUCAGAGACUACACUCUGCAAUAGGAAGCAGCGAGGUUCAAUUACGCCAGCUAGAAAAACAACUCUCGCAAGGCAAUCGCUCAAGUCUCAAAUGGCCUUUGCAGAAGGAAAAGGUCGAGGAGGCUAUCCACCACAUCGAGAGGUCUACUAAGGCUAUGCUGGGCAUGCUUCAGAUCGACAUGGCGGACCUUCUCAUCGGUAUAGACGACAGAGCUGAAGCUGAAGAGCAAAGAACGACCAUUGAUCAGCUGCCAUAUGUCGGCGAUGCGGUCUGGGACUCGCACGCUGAAGAACGCAAUGACACAUGCCUACCAAAUACUCGAGAGAAUCUCCUUGCAGAACUCAAGGACUGGAUCCAGGACACGACUGGAAAAUCCAAAGCGGUCUUCUGGCUGAACGGCAUGGCGGGUACUGGCAAAUCUACUAUUUCACGAACAAUUUCUCAGUAUCUAUCUCAGAAUGGACGAUUAGGGGCAACCUUCUUCUUCAAGCGUGGAGAAGCAGAUCGAGGUGGCAUCUCAAAACUAGUGCCGACAAUUGCACGCCAACUUGCAAUGAAUCAACCUUCGUUAAGGCCACAUAUCCAUGCGGCCAUCCGGAAUAACUCUACAAUCACCAACAACACUGUGAAGAUGCAAUUUGACACACUUGUCUUUGACCCUUUGAUGAAGAGUUCAGGCGAGUUUUCAAGCGAAAGCUCCAUCACGAUCGUGAUUGAUGCAUUGGACGAAUGCGACUCGGAGACAGACAUCAGGCUCAUCUUAAAUCUGUUCGCCACUACCAAAAAGAUUCAAUGUCCCCGGCUUCGAGUAUUUAUUACGAGCCGCCCAGACCUUCCUGUUCGUCUUGGGUUCCGUGAUGUCGAAGAUUCCUAUCAGGACUUGAUUCUUCAUGAAAUAUCCUCCUCAGUCAUCAAACAAGACAUAUCGACCUUUCUCUAUCACAAAAUGAAGGUGACUCGAGAGGAUUGGAAUGCUUCGGUUGGAGAAAAACGGAACUUGCCACAAGACUGGCCUGGAAGCGAGUGUAUCCAGUUACUCACAGACAAGGCGGUCCCUCUUUUCAUCUUCGCUGCGACUGCAUGUCGCUUUAUCAGCGAGCGCCAACUGGGUAGCCCUGAGAAACAACUACGCCGAUUUCUUGAAUACCAGACAGAAGGUACUGCAGCACAGUUGGACUUUACAUACAGGCCAGUCUUGGCACAAUUCUUUCGUUCCAACUGCUCGAGGACAAUUGAGCGCCAAGUCAUUCACGAGUUCCAGCAUGUUGUCGGCACUAUUGUCAACCUUUUGAAUCCUCUAUCGGCGUCAGCACUGUCGCGUCUUUUGGGCAUUGACCAGGAUAUCAUCGACAGCAAGCUGGAUCUCCUUCACUCUGUCCUCGAUGUUCCUUCCUCUCCGGACUUACCUGUCCGAAUGCUUCAUUUAUCCUUCCGAGAUUAUCUUAUAAGUCCCGAAACUAGAGAACAUCAAUUCUGGAUAGAUGAGAAAAAGUCGGCAGAGAAUUUAGCCAAAGACUGUCUCCGCGUCAUGGAAACUCUACAACCCGACAUCUGCCAUUUGAAGAUGCCUGGAACACACCGUUCGACAUUGAAACCCGAAUUCAUCAACGCAUGUAUACCGCCCGAGGUCCAGUACGCGUGCUUUUAUUGGAUAAAUCACCGAGUGGUAGCGGGGCUCGGGUCUAGUGAUGCUACAAGAAUCUUGAAGUUCCUGAAACGGCAUCUUCUUCAUUGGAUCGAAGCUAUGAGCUUGCUAGGCAGAGCUUUCCAGAUCACUAAACUUAUGAGGGAGCUGAAAUCUUCCAUUCCCAUUAAGCCAACGGGUGACGAACCAGAGUUAAUUGACUUCCUGAAUGACGCGAUAAGAUUCGUUGAUAUCGACAUCCAAACCAUUGACUUGGCUCCUUUACAGAUCUAUUGCUCUCUCUUAGUGAUGGCACCAAGCAACAGUCUUGUCAGGCAAAUAUUCGCAGUCAAGGCUCCAGCCUGGGUGACAUUACUCAGUGGGCAGGAAGUCAAUUGGGACUCGCGCCUAUGUCUGUUAGGGAACAGUGAUGACCUUCCAUUGAACCUCAUGGAGUUCUCUUCGGACUCUAAAUUCCUAUGUUUCAUCUCUGAGAACGGUCAUUUGAACGUCUGGGAUUGUGACACUGGUGAAUGCAUUGAUGAUAUUGAACCCGGCCCGAGGCAUUUUCUUAUUACUGCGCAGGAUGCUGUAGAAGACUCCCGUGUUUCAUUCGGGUUUUCGACACCAACAUUUUCACCGGAUGCCAAAUCAGUAGCGGUCAUACUUACGCAACACAAACACCCACAUUCACCAAAGAUACUUAUAUUUGACUUGCAAACGGGUCAAAUCCUUUGCAAUAUUUCACACCACGGAUCCUUGAGCACCUUUGCCUUUUCUAGAGACUCAAAAUCCAUCUGGUCAUGCGCAAGGGAUGGACAGGUUUGCGUCUGGGAAUUGUGUACAGGGACCUGUACAGAGAGGCUUGAUUUUCCAGUGAAAUGGAGUGAUCAAACCAGAAUCGAGUUCUCUUUAGGGGACUCCAAAGUUCUCAUCGUCUGGGACCCCGGUAGAGCUGAUGUUUGGUAUCUCGAGACAAGCAAAGUUGAUGAGGGCUUCGCUAUGCAAUGGUACGAAGCAUACUUCUUCGACGGAAGUGUCUCGCCAGACGGGAGACUUUUGGUUGCUCCUUCAUCAGACGGCUUAUCGCUCGUUGUAUGGGAUAUUUCGAAGCGCAAAUUGCUAUGGAAACUGCCGGAGGAUAUGAUGAAGAAUUACAGGGGGGUGUUGACAAAGUUUUUACCAGAGUCAACCUUCCUGGCAACGUCAGACUUCAAAUCAGUUCGGAUUUGGGACAUGAGGGAUGGCAAAUGCUUCAAAACCCUGAGCCUAGACGACGAUGACGAUGUCAUAUUGCAGUCGAUGACAUUUUCUCCCGACACAAGAUAUCUCAUCUCAACUCAAUUUUCGUUUUAUAGCCUGGUUCAAGAAACACGGUUAUGGGACAUCAGCACAGGUACUAAUGUUGUAUUAAACAUCAAGCAUAGCCACAAAUAUGGCCUUUUGUUAUUUUCUCCAGACUGCAAGAAAAUAGCCUCAAGAACGCACAAUGACUUAGUACAAGUAUGGGACUGGCAAAGACUCCUUGAAAUACCCCCGAAGGCUGCCUCGGAGUUACAAUCCCUUGUCUUUUCACCAGAUUUGUCCAUGACGGCGGCACUCUUCCAAAAUAACCACAUUUCGAUUUGGGACGCCGAGACUGGUGCUUUGUUACGUGGAAUUUCUUGCCCGGGUGCAGAGUAUUUGGGAUUCUCUCCUGAUUCGUCGCUUGUCGCAACUACGAUGAGUAGGGACAGUGUCCAGGUUUGGAGCCUGCACGAACCUGAUGUCGAAUGGCAGUUUAUACAGACCAGCCAUCGAGUGGGACUGACCUUCUCCCCAGACUCCCAAGCUAUAGCCACUUGGGGAACCGAAAUUAAAAUAUGGGUGCGAGAAAAUGACACGUUCAGGUUCAAAACUCUUUUGUCGUCUCAAGGGGAGGGAAGCUCUCUUUGUUUCUCGCGGGACGCGAAAUUGAUCUCUGCGUCGAGACGUGACAGGGUCGACAUAUGGAACUGUGAUACAGGCCAACUUGUUCAAAGUCUGCCAUUCACGAGUUUGCGUCGAGUGCUGUCAAUAGACCUGCAGCCUUCAACGGUCUCGACGUACGCAAUAGUUGUUGCCGUUGAGGGCCACGUCGAAGUCUGGGAUAUAGAAACAUGUUCCUUCAUCCUGGAAGAUGAUUUAAUCUCUUACAACCACACAGUUUCGUCCACGGGUACGUUCAUAGUCGCGUCAGCAAAUCCCGAGGUGGUCCGGAUUUGGAACUGGUCAACUGGGGACACGCUUGCGGCGUUUCCUUUGCCCUUUCGUAUUUCGGCUUUGGAUGACUUUAUCCCAGAAAGUUUGAUUGUGCGCACCACCGGCGGGGAUUGGGCCCUGUCAUGGCAGCCGCAACAACUGACGCAGAUGUUUGGGGUGGUGCCCAAAAAUGAAUGGAUUCAGUGGAAGGGUCAUAGCCUGUUCAAGUUGCCUUUUGAUCUUCAAAGUGGUUCUAUUAAAGUGGCGGUUAUACCGGGAGAGCCGGGAGAGUCGUUAGGGUUUACUGUUGCUAUUUGGCCCCGUUCGGGAAGGGGUGUUAUUAUCCUGCGAUUCUCGAAUGAAGGGGGCAUAUUGGAUGAUCUCAUUUCAAGACAAUACAUAUCUUGA